AUGAAGAGAGGAAGAGAAGAAGAUCGAAGUUUCAAAUUCACAUACCUUUACCUUCAUUUACGCCAUCAGAGAGAUCGCGAGAUCGUUUUUCGAGAGGUAAGCAGAAAGUUCGUUAAUGCACGGUCGAGUGAGAGAGCACUUGCUGCCAUUGUUUUCUUUUUCGAAACUAUGAGGAUCGAUAUCGGGAGAGGCUUUGCUAUUGUAUUAGAAAGAGAUGAGAAAUUUUGGGAAGAUGAUGAAGCAAAUGGAAGCGACUGGAAUUCAGCUUUGGUAACUCAAACACUCAAGGGUUUAUGGGAAGUUGGACGCAGAGUAAGUGUGCGUGCGCUGUUAAGCCAAGAACAAGAAAAAGAAUUUUUCUUUUCAAAACUUUUUAGCAACAAACAAAAAAAAAGCUUCAUCACCGAUUGGGUUAUAUCAAUAUUCUUCUUCGUAUUUGCCUCUUAUAACCUCUUUUCUUCGCGCACUUCGUUCUCUCACUACCGACUUCGUCGUUCAGAGCCAAACAAGGUUUCUACUUUGUGGCGGUUACACAUGUUCGUUUUACGUUGA